UGCGUGUAUGUGCGUCUGUGUUUGUGUGUUUACAUGUAUGUGUGUGUGUGCUUGCGCGUGUGUGUUUAAUUCUUAACAUUUAAACAGAAAAUUUCAGAAAAUUCCUCUGUUCCCGCGUUGUUCCUCCUACGAAUGGAGUUUCCGCUGAUAUGACAUCACAUCCUGGUCGUCUCAAGCGGAUUCAAGGAAGGAGAGAACAGUAUACACGAAAGACAUCUUCAUAACACGCACACGAUUUAGAAAGUACAAGAUAUAUGGCCACUGAAGACCGGUUUGAAGUAGCCGCCUCGGAUUUACGUGGUUACAGUGUUCGAGGAUUUCUAGAUAAAAAGAGACCAAGUAAGAAGUUACUGUCUGUUAAAUACCAGCGCCGAUGGUGCGUACUUCACGAUUCCACUUUGUAUUAUUUUGAUGAUCCCAAGGACAGAAGACAAAAGGGGGCUUUCUCUCUGAUAGGCUACAGAUUUUGGCAUGGAGGAUCCGAAAACUCAUUUUCAUUGGUGGCAAAAGGGAAAAGAACAUAUGAUUUCAUAUGUCCAACAAUAGAAGAUUUUGAAAAAUGGAAAGCGGCAAUUUUAGCAGUUACAGAAAAUGUUCCUUCCGGUCACGAAGUGUAUAUAAACAAAAAUUCGUUAUCUAAAAGUCAUUCUACUUCUUCGCCCUCUACAUCUAAAAAGAUAACCCGGAAACCAUCAUUCACACGUGAGAGUUCAGACGACAGCACGGACACAAAUGAUACCAUACCGUCACGCCCCCCUCCGGUAAAACGAUUCCCUCAGAGACCCCCAGCUCCCCCUAUGCCAAUGUCAGGGACUAAGCCACCAAUGAAAAAGAUACAGUCGGAUCCAUCAUUACAGCAAUAUGCCACAGUCAACAAGUUAAACAAGUCAAACGUUUAUAGAACCAACACUACAAUUCCUGCAUCAGAACCUGUCAAUGACCUUGACGAUUACGAUGUGGUCGACCAUAACCACCGACACAGCGAUAUCAGUUCUGCUUCGGACGAUGAGAUUUAUGACCAUGCCGGCGAACCACCAGAACCGGUAUACUCUUCUAUUAGGCAACAGAGCACACAAUCCGUCUCCUCGACAGAUUCCGACGAAGAUUAUGCUCAUAUAAAUCCCCGAAAUUCGGACGACUACGCCAGCACCAAGGAAAUUCAACUGCUCCGAAAGCGAACUUCGUCUGGUUAUGAUCACCCUUAUGCAGUUGCAAAUUUGAAGAAAUAUGAUGAUUCUCAAAGUUCUGAUGAAGAAUCUUAUCUUACAAGUGCGGAUUUACAUGGCCAAAACCAUUCUAGUCAAACUCCCACGAGAAAGAUGGAUUCCAGCAUUGCGUCACUGUUGGGCUUAAAUAUCAAAGAUAAAAAGGAAUUAAAUUCAAGUGAUUCGGACUUGGAUGAUUAUGUUGAAUUCAUUGGUGAAGGUCUAGCAAAGCCCCCAAAGGCUUCUUCCUCUCCAAGAAAGGACCGACCAUCAAGGAAGAAGUGCCACCAGGAGGACGCUAUCUUGAACAGUGUUCCUGAAGACCCAUACAUGGAAUUUGUUGGUGAAGAAAAGUUAUAUGAUGAUGAGGAAGAAGAUGAGGAUGAGGAGGCUGUGCAUUCAGAGGAGACUUCGGUGACAGAGAAUGAUGUUGUGCAAAACGAAAACACAAAGAACAACACAAAACAGAAGAAAGCUUUGUCGAUCCAACACUCGCUGCAGCUGGAAUUAAACAGCAAACUUGUUCAACGAUUAAACAAUUCUGAGGAAAGCACACCACCAGAUCCAGACAAAGGCGAUGAUGAACCUUUGUAUCAAAACUUUUUGGAAAUAAACACACUAGAGACACGGAGUCUCCCACGUGACAUUAAAAUGCCGUCAUCUUCAAGCAGUCAGUCGCACAAACGGAAGCAGUCCAGUUUUGAAUCCAACAGCGACAGCUCAAGCGAAGGGGAGUGUCUUCCUCUGCCAGAAGGCGUGUCUCAGUCCCAAUGAUCUUACGAUCGAUUUCAAAACAACUUGUGAAUUUCUACCUUGUAAAUCUUCCCUGAAAAGAAAAGCAAUAGGGGAAAAAUAGUCCAUCCCAAUAAUUAAGAAAGAUUACAGCAUGUUCUUGGGUUAAUAGCAAUAGAUAAAACAGUCAUUUGUAAAUUGCUAGAUUGCUGUUUUCAAUGACAAUACUGAUGACGUAUUCUGAUGUGAAUGGAUUGUGGUAAAAUGAUUAAAUUAUUACAAAUUGU